AAACCGCUGUUGUUCCGUAACACAAGGAAUAUCUCAGCAAGCAACCAUGGCCGAAGAAGGAAGAGCAGACGCUCAGCUCUUUGGGCUUCUCUCCAAUCUCCUUCAACAGGUAGAAACAUUAACUAAUCAAGAAGAAGUGGAAUUACGUGCUAAAAUUGAAGCACUUGGGUUAGAGGUUACCAAAGUGCCACCAAAGCCAUCGGUGCAUCUUGACGAGAUGCAAAUAGCAAAGGAGCUGGACAAAUUGUCGGAAAAGUUAGAUGAUCUAGACGAGAAGAUAUCCUCAACCAUGGCUUCAGACCCACAGGUGCAGUCUCUUUUGAGUAGCACUGCUGAUGUAUGGAUGCCAGUCAUUACAGCUUCUUCUGAUGAAAGGCGAAAUUUUACAGCACCCACUGGAGAUGGUAAUAAUGGAAAGGAGGAGAAAAAUCCUGAUUCCUGAGUGAUUUUUAUGCACUCCUUGUGUAUUCUCUAAAUAAAACUAUUUAUUUUCUCCCCAAUGUAAUUUAUUUCAACUCUCAAGAGUCAAGAAAGGAAAAAAAGGAUGCUUUGUUUUAAUCAAGAAUUAAAGUAUUAUAUUUUCCAGCAACUUUUGUAUAUAUCUUCCAUGUUCAUUUGUCGCAACAGUAUUGUUCUCAACUGAUGAGAGGAAUAAUUAUGCAGAUGAACUUUAAAGGGAUGGGAUGAUCUCUCUGUUCCCUUGA